GUCCCAAAACACAGCGGAUUCCCGCAAACAUUUGCGCCACAACAGAAGAGAUAAACAUUUGAUCUUUUGUUUUUUCAUAAAAUGUUACGAAUAACUUCACUGUUCCGAGCAGUUAGCCUUAAAGCGCUAGUGACUAAUAGUAGUGAUAUCGUUUGUGCCACCACAAAUGGUGUUCCAGCAAAUCGAACCAUCUGCAGUGCGUUACAAAACAUUCGGUUCGAUAUACCGGCCGGACCGACUGUCGUCUUAGCUACACAUCCACCCGUUCGACACUAUGCCAAGGGAAAGGAUAAAAAGAAAGACAAAAAAGGUGCCCCUGCAAAGGUACAAAUCAAUGAGGAGCAGCUAGGCAAUCUGAUCGAUCUGGAAGGUCUGCGAACACAGAUGGAAAAAAGCCUAUCCGCUAUGAAGGAUGAUUACGUGAAAAAUCUCUCCCUCCGUUCUACUACUGGUUCCAUCGAAACGCUCCGCAUCGCGUACGAGGGUAAAGACUACCAGCUGCAGGAGCUCGGACAGGUGGUGCGCAAAAAUCCCAAAACACUCGUCGUUAAUCUCGUCGCGUUUCCCCAAACCAUCCCGGUCGUGCUGCAAGCCAUCCAGCGCAGUGGAAUGAACCUGAACCCGCAGCAGGACGGUACGACACUGUUCAUUCCGGUGCCGAAGGUAACGCGCGAACAUCGUGAAGGUUUGGCGAAGAAUGCUAAGGUGCUGUUCAUCAAAUGUCGCGAUCGCAUUAAGGAUGCCCAGAACCAAUCGAUCAAGAAGCUAAAAAAGCAAACAAACGUUUCCGAGGAUGAUGCGUUUCAGGCGCAGGCACAAAUUACGGCCAUUGCGGACAAUUUUAUAAAGGAAGCGGAAAAGUUAAUGGAAGUGAAACAAUCCGAGCUGUUGGGAGAUAAAUGAUGCUACACUUUUUCAACAUUACAUUUGCCGGACGUUCCCGGAAUGAUCUUGUAAAGAAAGUCAAAUAAAGCAAGCGAUAGCGUUCGUGGGAGUUCGUCUUCUUCUUGCAGUAACGACCUCCUAUAACUGA